AUGGGAUGAGAAUAUGGAGUUUUGUGUGAUCCAAAAAAAUCCAGAUAAGGUGAAAUGUAAGCUGUGCGGAAAAGAAAUGUCUGGUGGAGUGUUUAGGAUGAAAGAACAUAUUGGUCAUCAAAGAGGAAAUGUUUCUCCUUGCCCAUUGUCAACAAAAGAGGAUCAAGCUAAGUGUAUGAGUGCACUUAAAGAAGCAAAGCACAAGAAAACGAGAAAGAGACGACAUGAUAAAGAGCUUAGAUUAGAGAUGAAUAUAAAUAAACCGUAUUUGGAUAAUGUACUACAAGAAGAACUUGGAACUCAAACGGCUCCUCACUUCCAAGGUCGUCCCAUGGAUAAGUUCGUGAACUACAUCAACCUUGAAGCUUCCUUAGCACAAACACGACAACAAAAUAUCCAUGAUGCAAUUUCUAAAGAGAAGACAAAUGCUGUUCGCCAAUAUUGUGCUAGGUGGAUGUACCAGUCAAGUAUUCCCUUCAAUGUUAUUGAUAAUGAAAGUUUCAGAUUAUAUUGUGAAGCAUUGGGAUAAUAUGGACCUGGUUGGGUUCCUCCUACUCAAUACCAGCUGAGAGAACCAUUGUUAAAUGAAGAGCAAGAGAGGAUAAAGAAAAAGUUGAAGAGUCUAGAAGUAGAAUGGGAAGAACAAGGCUGCUCCGUAAUGACAAAUGCAUGGGGUGACAUGAAAAGGAGAAGCAUAAUGAAUUUGUUUGCCAAUUCAAGAGGAGGUGAGACCAAAUAUAUUUUGGACAGGUUGCGCUGCUCACACCAUCGACUUAAUGCUUGAGGGAGUUUCCAAGUUGCCUUGGUUUGCAAAAGUGAUCAGUCAAGCUAAAGGUCUCACUGUCUUUUUAUAUGUUCAUCAUAAAACGUUAUCCAUGAUGAGAGCAAAUACAAAGAAGAGGGAUAUUGUGACACCAGGAGCAACACGAUUCGCCACAUGCUUCUUGACACUACAAAGUCUACACAAGAAGAAAUCACAAUUGAUGUCUAUGUUCGGCAGUGACGAGUGGCAUGAAUGCAAGCAUUCUAAGUGUGUAAAAGGAAAACAAGCAUCUGAUAAAGUUAUGAGCUAUGCAUUGUGGAGUAGUGUUAUCGUGGUUUUAAAAGUGUUCAAUCCUAUGGUUAAGGUUCUAAGACUUGCAGAUGGGGAAAAGAAACCUCCUACGAGAUUCAUUUAUGGAGAGAUUCUAGAAGCUAAAAGUCGAUCAAAGAAGCUUCUAAUCAUUUGGAAAAGAAUUACAAACCUAUCUUUCAGAUUAUGGAUGAGAAAAUGAAAGGUAGAUUGGAUUCUCCUUUGCAUCUUGCUGCUUACUUUCUAAAUCCAUUCUACUUCUACAAAGAUCCUAAUAUUCAAUAUGAUAUGGAGAUGAGAGAGGGAUUUAUUGCUUGUGUUGAAACUUUUUAUCAUGGUGACUUUGAGAAGCAAAAUAAAGUAGUGAAUGAUGAGAUUAAUCUCUAUAAGAAAAAUGUGGCUCUUUUGGGAAAAACUUAGCAUUAAGAGGAUGUGAACAAAAUGAUGAAGCAUUUGAUCCAGAGAAUUGGUGGGCAACAUAUGGAUGCCAUGCAUGCACCUACGUUGCAAAAGCUAGCAACAAAAAUCCUUGCUUUGACCUCUAGCUCUUCUGGUUGUGAAAGAAAUUGGAGCAGUUUUGAAGCGAUUCACACUAAGAAAAGGAAUAUAUUAGAUGUCAAUCGUCUAAACAGCCUUGUUUAUGUCCAAAUUAAUGCAAGACUUUUUAACAAGCACAAAAAAAUGAAAGAGAAAGCAAUAGAUGUGAUUAUAGAUGAUGGUAAUGAAGAAACCAUCGAAGAUUGGAUUGUGGAGGAACAUCAAGAUGACCAAGCUACUGUUGUUGGUGUCGUACCUAAUACCCAAUCUCCAAGGGUAAGAGAGCUUUAUGAUGAUGAUUUUAAAUCUGAGGAAGCAGAUGAAGUAAUGCUUGAGAUGGAAUUUGAACCUGAUGUGUUCCAUAAAAUCCUGAAUUUCGUGAUACACCAAUGGGUUACUAAGGUUCGUUUUUGUUGUUGAUGAUUACUUGUUAUUUUUUACCGUGAUAGUUUGAAUCUAUCUUGCUAUUUCUAUUUUCCUUUGUUUGAUUACUUGAUCAAUUGUUUGAUCAUUUGCAAGAUAAUCAAGAAGUCCUAACUAAACAAGAAGUCCAACAUAUGCAAAUUACUUGAUCAUUGAAGGAAAUCAAACGAGGAAGAAGUAGUCUUCACUCUUUUUGUGACCUUUCACUAUUUUUUGUGUGUCUCAAGAUCAAGACCAUACUAUUUUUUGUAUAUCAUGUUGGAACUUUAAUUUGUAUUUUGCAUAUGUAUUUAGGAUGAAUGUCAAUCUGA